UGUAUGCUGGUCGUAAAACAUGGCAGUGCCGUGAGGUUCUUGCAUGUAUGGAAAAUUUUUAUGUGUGUAGUGUCGUGAAAUAGCACAUUUACAUCAGCUGUAUAUCUGUGGUCAGUAAUUUGGAGGAUACCUCUAGUUGUGAUCAACAGCUAAGGAAUAGAAGGGGAGUGCAUGCUGACUGAUGGAUGUCCCACAAUGGCUGAAGUUAAGGUUACAGCCCCUGAUCUUAAUAAAUGUGAUCAUGAUGACACAUCAAGCUCUACAUUGAUGAAAAGCACAGACUUUGAAAUGGAUCGGCAGUUACCAAAUCAUGAAUCCAAUUUAGUACAUAGUGAAUCAAAAAUCAAAACAGACUAUCUUGAGAAUCUUUUAGACAUUCCUGAUGAGAAUCUUAAGGAGAAUUUCAAGGAAAAAGUGGGUCCUCAGCUUCAGGAAACACAGCCAAACCAUUUGAAUAAUAUAUCAGAUCUAAUAGUUGCAGGCACUUCCACUGAAAAUGUAGGACUAAAUUACCACAAUCAAAUUGAUGAAGACAGUACUUUAAACAAAAUACAGAAUGUUGAUUCUUCAGUUGCCGCUUUGUCAUCUGUUCCAUUCAGCAACAUUGCCACUGAUACUGUUAACACAGAAAAUAUAACAUCUGGAGAUGCAUUAAAUUCUGGAACAGUACCACAAACUAUGCAGUCUUCUUGCAACCAGGACUACAAUAAUGCCUCAGGUUUGUUCACUAGUACAACAGAUACAACAUACCAGAAUAAUCAAGAACAAAUGAAUAAUUCCUUGAAACUGAUUUGUGACUAUGGAAGUGAUUCUGAUAUUGAUGACAUUAUUGAAAUGGGUUCAGCACCAGAGGCCAGUAUUAUUGGGCCCUCAGAAAAUGCAAAGUCAUUCCUGAAUGAUUAUAGAACGGCUCAAGUGUUAUUUUCUGAAGACUCUGAUGAUGAUUCUGAUAGUUCAGAUGAGAAAUCAGACAGUGACAGCUCCACUAGUUCCAGCAACAGCAGUAGCAGCACCAGCAGCAGUAGCUCUUCAGUAAAUGCAGAAAAUGCAUCAGCUCUGAGAAGGGUUGUUAAUAAUAAUGAACAGAAUAAUACUCCCAGACCUAAGAAGAAAGAUCCUAUAAAGACCAGGGGAGAGAUUCUCAUUGAAGACCUACCUCCUAUUCAAGAUCUUCAAAUUAAUGUGCCUGCAGAAGAUUGUAUUCAGUUAGGCAAAAUAUCUAGCAUUGUGGACCAACUGGUUGUUGUUCAAGCUUUCAAGAACACUCCUCCCCUUGAUUUAGACAGCAUUUUGUUUCUUGAUCAUGGCAGACAAACUUUAGGACAGAUUUUUGAUGUAUUUGGUCCUGUCUCAGAACCUUUAUACUGUGUCCGGUUUAAUUCAACUGACCACAUUAAAGAGAAAGGAAUAGAAAAAGAUAUGGCAGUCUAUUGUGCUCCCAAAACACAACACACUUCAUAUGUAUUUGUUCCGGAUCUGUUAAGGAUCAAAGGAUCAGAUGCCUCAUGGGAAGACAACAAUGAACCUCCACCCAGAUUCCUUGAUUAUUCUGAUGAUGAGGGCGAGCGAAGAGCAAGGAGGUCAUUGCAACUUGAGGAGAGAAAGGUCACAGAUGAAAGCCCUGAACAGCCAAAGAAGAAGAAGAACCGCAGUAGUUCUUUUGAAAGGAGGAUGAACGAACGCAACCUUCGCAUGACUGCUUUACAUGCUAAUAAGCCUGCAACAGUAGCCAUUAGAAAUGGUAAUAACAAUAACAACAGUAACAGUAAUCCAUUCCAACCAUUUGACAAUUCUACAUGGUGGACUGGUCCCAUUCCCCCAACCCCUAGAUUUCAACAUUGUCUCAGUAGGCCACCCCCACCUCCUUGUACACCAUCUGCACCCAGACUUAUUCAGCCACCAGCAUUCACCCUGCCCCCACCAACAGCACCACCAUUUUUCCCUUCAAUCCAGCCCCCAUUCUUGCCCUACAAUCAAGUUUUCCCUCCCCCGGUUCCUCCCUUUGAUCCAAAUCGUCCACCUCCGUCAUUUGGGUUUCCUCCACCUAUGCCUCAGAUGCCACAGCGUCAUCCCCCACUAUGACCAUGUUGGUGGUUGUGAUGGUGUUAGAGGGCAUUUCAACUAGUCUCUAUUUGUCAUUCUUCAAGAAAGUUACAUUGAGGAAGCUCUUGGGAAACUUGUGAAGCCAGCAGCAGAAUUAUUCCUGUAACUGAUAUAGCAGCUCUGUGAAAUGUGUGUUUAAUUAGGAAGAACUGUCAUUCUUAUGUUGGUGCUAUGAACUUUAUAUUUUUUCUCUUGUAUACAAAUUCAUACUUAGUUCCUGUCACCAUAUUGCAUCUUCAGUAGAAUGUUUUAGUUAUUGUUUAUAUUAUGAUUCAAUAAACCUUUACAGUUAUUUUAUUAUUCAAACUGAUUUUUGUAUUUAAUAAUUAUUAUGUAAUGAUACAUUUUGUAUUACUACAAAUACCAUAGGAAAUUAAAUGCUUGGCAGUUUAAAGGUCAAAAGUAUGUACAAUGCUAAAAACCCUUAUUAAACAAGCAACUGUCUGCAGGCGGAGAAGGGAUGCAACAAGAUUUUGGUUUUUGAUAUGAAGUGAAAGGAGAUCUUAAUGUUUCCUUAAUAUGUUAAACCAGUGAUAAUACAGGAAUUCAUAAUCUUUGUGUCAUAUGUUUUUGAUUAUAUAGCUCAGUUCAGUAAUCUGGUUUUAAAUAUUGAAAACUGUCAAAGUAUUAUCUUGUGAUAGUGCUGCACAUAUGUUGUAUGUCUACAAUUUGUAUUUUCUGUACUCAUUGUGAGUACCUACUGAAAGCAUGUGUAAACUCUAUUAAGGAGAAUUGGUUGAUUAAAUGCUCAAAAGCACCCAUUUUUUUGUCUGGUACUUUUGUAAAAAUCUCUGUUGCAAUAUCUGAAUUGCGUCUUUGUUAUGAAAAUCUUAUAAAGCAUGGAUGUGGACAACUAAAUCCAUUUUGGAAAAACCCUCUGAUACCUUCUCCAUAUGUUCAGGAAUAUAAUGCCAUUGAAAUCACCUCUUUAAGCCAAAUAGAUCACAAGGUAUCAGAAGGUAAAAACAGAGUGAUGGUACAUUGGUGUAUAUAGGUUGUUUCUUGCACUAAAAGUAUGCUGGUUAAGGUCACAUAGUAAGCAGACACAUGAAUUCGCACAGGACAAUGGACAGAAUAAUUUUAAAUUAUAGAUAAUAUGUAUAUAUAUUGUCACGUGCUUUAGUGACUAAAGAUGCGGGUUUGGAUCAAUAAGGCGAUUUAUUGUAUAUGCACUAAUCGUAACUACAAAUAAUUAUAACACUUCCAAGAUUACUAUAAUGUCAUGUGUAUUAGUGACUAAAGAAAUGAG